AUGGCUCCUACUAUUCUUAUCGCUGGUGCAACCGGUAACACCGGUCGCCGUCUUACCGAAAUCCUGCCAGGACUGCUGAAAGCAAGCAACGGCCUAUCCGGUCACCGAAUCAUCGCUCUUACCCGCUCCUUGACUAGCCCGGCGGCUCAGGAACUUGCCAAGCUCCCUGGAGUAGAAGUUAUUGAGAAGAACUGGGUCGAGAUCACCUCGGACUGGCUCCGUGACCAGCAAGUCGUGCGAGCAUUCAUUGCAUCACACAACGAGCCCAACCAGUUCGCUGAAGAAUCGACUUUCUACUCUGCUGCCCUCGGCGCUGGUGUUGAAUACGUCGUACGCAUUUCGACUACCGCUGCCAACGUCCGCCCCGACUUCAAAGCCUACUAUCCACGCACGCAUUGGGCAAUCGAGAAUCUGCUCAGCCAGCCCGAGUUCGCGGCCUUGAAGUGGACUUCGCUGCAGCCCAAUGUCUUUGGCAGCUUUUGGCUCGCUUCUUCUGCGGAGUUGAUCAAAGAAUACCGCAAGACCGGCAAACAGAGCGCCCUCCGGUUGUUGGCAGCGAAAGACGCGCCCGUUGGCAUCAUCGAUAGUGCUGAGGUUGGAGUCUUUGCUGCUCAUCUCCUGGCUCAAAGUGAUCCUACCAUCCACAACAAGGCCAAGUAUGUUCUCAAUGGCCCCGUGGAUAUUACCGGGAAGCAGGUUGUGGAACUUGUCGAGCAGUACAUCGGUACUAAGGUUGAUGAAGUCAUCUACCAAGACACUUCUUUCAUUGACAUGAUGUAUGAAGCGAAGUUUGCGCCAUUGGGCCAGUCGAAAAAUGUGAUCCUGUCCAUCAAGCAUGCUGUGGAGACCGGAUGGGAAGGAAAAUGCUCGGUGUCCACGACCAGCGCGGAGGUGCUGCAGCUCGCAGCACCAAAGCGCACCCCUGCCGACAUGCUCAAGGAACUUUUGGAUUUAGAAUAG